CUUACAUCAUACAGCAAAUCUCUCUCCUCUUUCUCUGGUAAAAAAAGAUUUUAAAAGCCAUUGCCACACUGCUGUUCAUACUUCCAUCUAUCUUCUUCCCUCUCAUAGCUGCUUGCCGUCGGGUUUUUUUGCUUUCAGAAAAGUUUUAUCGGCGAGGAUCAGGGUUAGGGUUUUCACCCUCCUAAUUAAUACUCCAAGAUGCAGCAGCCACCGCAAAUGAUUCCUGUUAUGCCUUCAUUUCCACCAACAAACAUCACCACCGAGCAAAUUCAGAAGUACCUGGAUGAGAACAAGAAGUUGAUUUUGGCAAUAUUGGAUAAUCAGAACCUUGGAAAACUUGCUGAGUGUGCCCACUAUCAAGCUCAGCUUCAAAAAAAUUUGAUGUAUUUAGCUGCCAUUGCUGAUGCACAACCACAGACACCAACAAUGCCUCCCCAGAUGGCUCCACAUCCUGCAAUGCAACCUGGGUAUUUCAUGCAACAUCCUCAAGCAGCAGCAAUGGCUCAGCAACCGGGUAUUUUCCCUCCACGGGUGCCAUUAUCGUUCGGUAGUUCACAUCAGAUGCAGGAUCCACAGCAGCAGCUACAGCAACAUCAAGCGGCAAUGCAAGGACAAAUGGCGAUUAGAGCUGGGGGUGUCAACAAUGGUAUGCAUCAAAUGCAUACUGAGGCUCCUCUUGGAGGCAGCAGUGGUGGCCCUUCAGCUGCAGGGCCAAAUGAUGUACGUGGUGGGAGCAAGCAAGAUGGUUCUGAAGCUGGUGCCAGCGGUGCUGAUGGGCCAGGAAGUUCAGCUGCUGGACAUGGUGGUGGUGAGGGAGGUGAGGACGCAAAGUGACGGUUGCAUGAUCAGGUUUCUUUGAACAUGUAUGGCUGUUGAUAAUAGAUCUCUCAUACAGUAGAACUGUGCUGCUCUUUGUCAUGUUUGAUAGAUGGAGCGAAGAACUGAAGUUUUCUUGUGUUUGUUUAGUUUAGCAGAUUAGGCAGGUAGGUAAUUGAGGAGUCAAUGUGUCAGUGCCAAAGCAUGUGAAAGAAUGAUAAUCUCAGUAUGAAGAGGUUUGAGUAUAUGGUCUUUACCGGCCAUGGUCAAGAUUUUGUAGAACCCCAAAUGCGUGCUGGGUAUUCUAAAAUUGUGAUUUAUUGGGUUGAUUGCUCCUUAUAAGUCAGACACAAGAAAAAUCA